UUGGGGAAAAUGUUGGCACUGGCACAUAUGCCCAUUUGUUCUUGAGAGUUGAAAGGUAAUCCAUUGAGGCCUUGCCACUUCGGCCACUUGGCAUUGAUGAUGGCAAACGAAACAGAAACAGAAACAGAAACAGAGGAGCUGGAUUCAGUUGAGAAAGAAAGAACAAUUAAAGUGGUUCCCUCUUUACAAAAAAGAGAGGUUAAAUCACGAGACGCCCCUGGAAGAUCUCCCCUUUUUCAUCGUCUUUCUACUGUCAUACACAACCGUGAAAAUCAGACCCUUUUGUUCUCUUCUACAUCUAAAUUUUCCUGUUUUUUUUUUUUUCUCUUCCUUCUCCUUCGGUUCCAUUUCCUGAAGCCAUGAAAUCCCAUGUUCCAUCUUUAGGUUUGGUUUUUUCUCUGAUAUAUUCUGGGUCUUUUCAUGAACAUUUGCCCAACUAUACAAAAGGUACAAAUGCUUGACGCGGAUAACUGUUCUCUCUCUUAUUUUCUGCAAAACUUUUCUUUUUCUUUGGGUCUUGUCCUUUCCAUCAUUGAUUCAACAAAUUCAUGAAUUCCCAAAUCCAAUUAUCAUCAUUCUUCUUUAGAAUCCAUGUUUUUGAAUCAGUUCAUGCACUUCUUAAAAGCAAUUCAUACUUUCAGAAGGAAAAUUCCUUCCGAUUGUUUGCUUUGACAUAAAAACAACCUUCUGAGUUUGGUAUAAACAAACACCAUUUCACGUAAACAAUCUUCAUGGCGUCCUCAUGUUUUGGUUCACUUUGCAUUCGUAAAUCAAAGAGCAAGCCAUUAUCAACCCUUUUCUCCUUGAAAUCCCAGAUGAAUUCUGAAAUGGAAAAUAUGGAAAGGAGAAGGUUUGAUAGUUUGGAAUCGUGGUCGAUGAUCCUAGAGUCUGAAAAUAUGGAAACUUGGGAGACAUCAAAGGAGGAUCAGGAGGAGUGGACAGCUGAUCUCUCUCAGCUCUUCAUUGGCAACAAAUUUGCCUCCGGUGCGCACAGUCGGAUAUACCGUGGAAUUUAUAAGCAGAGAGCCGUUGCUGUGAAGAUGGUCAGAAUUCCAAACCAAAAGGAGGAAACAAGAGUCAAACUUGAGCAACAAUUCAAGUCUGAAGUUGCCUUGCUUUCUCGUCUCUUUCAUCCCAGCAUAGUUCAGUUCAUUGCAGCCUGUAAAAAGCCACCGGUAUACUGCAUAAUUACAGAGUAUAUGUCACAAGGAACUCUGAGAAUGUAUCUUAACAAGAAAGAGCCAUAUUCACUGUCAAUAGAGACAAUACUGAGGCUAGCUCUAGACAUAUCAAGAGGAAUGGAAUACCUUCAUUCCCAAGGGGUAAUCCACAGAGACCUUAAAUCAAAUAACUUGCUUCUAAACGAUGAAAUGAGAGUAAAAGUAGCGGAUUUUGGAACCUCCUGCCUCGAAACACAGUGUCGAGAAACAAAAGGGAACAUGGGAACUUACAGAUGGAUGGCGCCGGAGAUGAUUAAAGAGAAGCCUUACACUCGCAAAGUUGAUGUGUACAGCUUUGGGAUUGUGCUGUGGGAGCUCACCACGGUUCUGCUUCCGUUUCAAGGGAUGACUCCCGUGCAGGCUGCCUUUGCCGUCGCCGAGAAGAACGAGAGGCCGCCAUUGCCGGCAAGUUGUCAACCGGCUUUAGCACACCUGAUAAAGCGGUGUUGGGCGGCGAAUCCAUCGAAGCGGCCGGAUUUCAGCGACAUUGUAGCGGCUUUGGAGAAAUACGACGAGUGCGUGAAAGAGGGUCUUCCACUUGCACACCAUAAAGGAUUGGUAAACCGAAACGCCAUUAUUGAACGCUUGCAAGCUUGCGCCUCAACCAGUUCUUCAAUACCUGUACAUGCCUGAAACUGAGACUGAGACUGAGACUGAGCUUAAGCCGCCAUAGCUUUGGUAAUUCGAAAGGAACAUAUUAUUUUGCUGAAUUUUACCUUUCAAGAAGGAAGAUGAAAUGCUGUGUAAAAUGACCGGGCCCUCCCUGGAUUCUUGGUCCACAUCUGGAUCAUAGUACAUAGGGCCCAACUUCCUUGGCCCA